GCGGGUCUCAGACCGAGCCAACCCCGCGGACCCACGGAAGGGCAAGCAGCCGGCCUCAGGGAGGCGUGACAGUCGGCAGCAGGCGCCCUCCACCCCGAAGCCAGAGCCCUCCACGCCUGAACACCCUAACAUGGCCCGGGGCGGCAGUCAGAGCUGGAGCUCCGGGGAAUCGGACGGCCAGCCAGAGGAGCAGGCUUCCGAGGAGAGCGGAGACAAGAUGGUGAAGGAGACCCAGUACUAUGACAUCCUGGGGGUGAAACCCAGCGCGUCCCCGGAGGAGAUCAAGAAGGCCUAUCGGAAGCUGGCGCUCAAGUACCACCCGGACAAGAACCCGGAUGAGGGCGAGAAGUUUAAACUUAUAUCCCAGGCAUAUGAAGUACUUUCAGAUCCAAAGAAACGAGACAUCUAUGACCAAGGUGGAGAACAGGCAAUUAAAGAAGGGGGCUCGGGUAGCCCCAGCUUCUCAUCACCCAUGGAUAUCUUUGACAUGUUCUUUGGUGGUGGAGGACGGAUGGCUAGAGAGAGAAGAGGCAAAAAUGUUGUACACCAGCUGUCAGUAACUCUGGAAGACUUAUACAAUGGAGUCACUAAGAAACUGGCCCUCCAGAAAAAUAUAAUCUGUGAGAAAUGUGAAGGUAUUGGAGGGAAAAAAGGAUCUGUAGAGAAGUGUCCUCUGUGCAAGGGGCGGGGGAUGCAGAUCCACAUCCAGCAGAUCGGGCCUGGCAUGGUGCAGCAGAUCCAGACUGUGUGCAUUGAGUGCAAGGGCCAGGGCGAGCGCAUCAACCCCAAGGACCGCUGUGACAGCUGCAGCGGCGCCAAGGUUGUCCGAGAGAAGAAAAUUAUCGAGGUACACGUGGAGAAAGGUAUGAAGGAUGGGCAAAAGAUACUGUUUCAUGGAGAAGGAGAUCAGGAGCCUGAGCUGGAGCCUGGUGAUGUCAUAAUUGUGCUUGAUCAGAAGGAUCAUAGUGUCUUUCAGAGACGAGGCCAUGAUUUGAUCAUGAAAAUGAAAAUUCAGCUUUCUGAAGCUCUCUGUGGCUUCAAGAAGACAAUAAAAACGCUGGAUGACCGCGUCCUUGUUAUUACGUCCAAGUCAGGUGAGGUGAUAAAGCAUGGCGACCUGAAGUGUGUGCGGAACGAGGGAAUGCCCAUCUACAAAGCCCCUCUGGAGAAGGGGGUGCUGAUCAUACAGUUCUUAGUAGUCUUCCCUGAAAAACACUGGCUUUCUCAGGAGAAGCUUCCUCAGCUGGAGGCGCUGCUUCCCCCUCGGCAGAAGGUGAGGGUCACAGAUGACAUGGAUCAGGUGGAGCUGAAGGAGUUCAAUCCCAACGAGCAGAACUGGCGCCAGCACAGGGAGGCCUAUGAGGAGGACGACGAUGGGCCCCGCACUGGCGUGCAAUGCCAGACGGCGUGAUGGCGCAGCGCAGCACGGCCUGGCCGGACUAGUACACGAUGAAUGUAAACUUGGCACAAUGAAAAUGGCAUCGCUUUAAUAGCCUCGUGUUUAGGGUGUCCUGUGUAUGUGUGCAGCAGUCUCCAUUGCUGUUAUCUUUUGGGUUUUCUUGUUUCUCUUCUGGUUGUAACUUAAGUUAUAGUUUGAUUUAUAUUUAAAUGUGUUUUAAGUUCAGUCACCUUUAGUCUGCAUAUAGAAUCUGCUCAUUUGUACUUUCAGGACAUAUUUUGGAGAUGCCAGCACCACACUGACCCUUGUGCUUCUUCGUGGCUUCUCCGUGGUUCCUUUCCACAACAGGCCCAGAGAGCCACACUCAGCCCCUAACAAAGGCCGAGAAAGUAGGUGUCUGGCCCAUCUCCAGUUUGUGGUUUUUCUCUCCUUCCUCCCUUGGCAGAGUCACCGAGGGUAUGAGCUCAGGUCUGCUAAUAACAUUUCUGAAUCUAGACUCUGGAUCUCUUAGACAAUAAAAGCACAUGUAUGGCUUGCACUUGGCCCAGCACGCCUGGCUCACACGAGUUGGCUGUACGGAAAAAGCUGCAGGGCCAGUCUAGCUCGCUACUGUUCUGUCCCCUCAGGUGGUUAGAAAGGGGUUUGUUUGACCAUCUCUCUUGGAAGUUUUCUGAACUUUCCAAGUCUUGUGAUGACAAAUCCAUUUUAAACGAUAAGCCAAUAAAGCCAUUUAUUUGCCUGUGACCCCCUACCUUGUUCUUUGUGAUGUUAAUGGUUAUCUGUUGACGACCUGUGCGAUGUUGUCCCACCAAAGUGCUUACCUAAAGAAGGCUAACCCCUACCAUGGAGCUGGCAGUGCCUGUGCAGCUGCAGAGGCAACCGAAGAAGAAUGGUGGUGGCUCAGGCCCUGCACAGCCAGCCUAGUGUCUCAGGGUGACUUAAGGAUAUGUGAUGGCACAGCACCCCUCAGUGUUUCCACCCUCAUUUCCAGACAGCUGUUCCUGACUGCAGCCAGACUACAAAGGGCUUUCUGCUCGACAUGUUUGCUGAGAACUAAAGUAACCAUGUUCUUCUAAUUAACUGGCAUGAAUAGCCCCGAGUAGCUGCUUGGAACGGCUACUAGUUACUAUUUCCCUCCUGCCAAGUAGAAUGCACUUUAAGUAAAGGCUACCUCAGCCUCUAGCCGUUACUACUCUCUUUUCUACAAAUGAAGUUUAACACACUGCUGCUUAAGCUGCUGGGCUAACCUGUCAGGUCCACCCUUAUUUGGUUUUUAUGGUAUGAGAGAGUUUGACACAGACCAGGAACCUGUCCCCUACGAGGGUCAGAGGGCAGACCAUGGCUUGGUGGGUAAGCCAGCUGGCGGGACCAGGCUCCCCAAGAGCACUGCCGGUUAGGGGAACAUAACUUGCUCCACAUACGGAAAGUGCACCUAUGCUCACCUCGACCACUGGCCAGGGCAGACUUGAAACUGCUUCCUCCAACUAAGGCAUUAGUAAAUGGACCACCACUCCAGGGUGUGGUUUCUGUGCUGUGGCCUCCUGAUAAAGCACUGCUGGGGAGCUGCUGUUCAGCCUGUGCUGGGACAAAACUAUCUCAUCUCCUCCCUGUUAUGAGUCUGCAGGUGCUGUUGAACCCUGCCACCUGUGUAUCUGUCACUUUAAAAUUAAACUUGAGCUGGGAUGAGACACAAAUGGCUUUACCUU